AGAGAGAGAAGCAGCAAAAGGAACCUAAAGAAGAAGAAGGAGAAGAGAGAUGUCAAAGACGCUGGUGCAGCCCAUAGGCCAAAAAAGACUGACAAACGUAGCAGUAGUUCGCCUCAAGAAACAUGGCAUUCGCUUCGAAAUCGCUUGCUACAAGAACAAAGUCCUCUCUUGGCGUUCCGGCGUAGAGAAGGAUUUGGAUGAAGUUUUGCAAUCCCAGACUGUUUAUUCCAAUGUUUCAAAGGGGGUUUUGGCUAAGUCCAAGGAUUUAGUCAAGGCUUUUGGGACUGAUGAUCAGGCCAAAAUCUGUCUGGAGAUUUUGGAGAAGGGAGAGCUACAAGUUGCUGGGAAGGAAAGGGAGUCGCAGUUGUCAAGUCAGUUUAGAGAUGUAGCUACCAUAGUUAUGCAGAAGACUGUUAAUCCUGAAACUCAGCGCCCUUAUACCAUAAGCAUGAUUGAGCGUCUGAUGCAUGAAAUCCAUUUUGCUGUGGAUCCAAAUAGCAGCUCAAAGAAACAGGCAUUAGAAGUCAUUCGUGAGCUUCAGAAGCACUAUCCUAUAAAAAGGUCUCCUAUGAGGUUAAGAUUAACUGUCCCAGAACAGAAUAUUUUGGAUCUCCUGGAGAAACUCAAUGGGUGGAAUGUUAACGUUGUUUCAAGAGAUGAAGCUGGAAGUCAAAUUUCCAUUAUCUGUGAAAUGGACCCAAGCCUUUUUCGGGAUUGUGAUGCUGUUGUUAGGAAUAUGCAUGGGAGGUCAGAAAUUCUGGCCGUAAACGUGCAUGUGGACAGUGACACCCACGUGGAUCAUUAUGAUGACCAUGAAGAUGAACCAUCAAGCUUGCGCAGGGGUUAUACCGAUCCCAUUCAUCAACUGAGCGAUCAAAUGCAGAAUCAGACUAUUUCAAAAACUGGAAGCUCCAGUAGAGAACUAAAGCAGAAUAAGUGCAGUACAUGUAAUGCUUUUGUGGGUGAUUCAAAAGAAUACAGGGAGCAUUUCAAGAGUGAGUGGCAUAAACAUAAUCUAAGGAGAAAAACUAGGCAACUCCCACCUCUUACAGCAGAAGAAUGCUUGGCUGAUUUGGAGCUUGGGGAUUCCAAGGCUGAUCUGAAGGACUAUUCAUUUUGAAAUGAGCUUAGGAAUUUUGGGUUGGAUGAGCUGCUUUUGUAUAGGCUAGAUAGGUGCGUGUACAAUUCAUUUGAUGGCCAUGAAUACUUCUCCUUUCCUUCAGUUCUUGCCUACAAUGAUGUGUGCUGGCACACAAUUUAUCCUAUUACUGCUAUAUUUUUCAUGGAUCUCUUUCCAAAUUCAAAAGUAGGAAAGUUUAAAAUUGUUGUAAA